AUGAAUGUGACACGGCUGAACAUUCGCGGUCCCUAUGGUUACGGGUUCCCCGAUAUAAGCGUAUUGAAUAAAUGCCAACAAAUUACACAUUUGUGGCUCGAAUUAGGCGUUAUUACGGGACUACCGGACGGUACGAUACAAUUGGAUGACAAUAUGUUUCAAUUGUUCAAACAAUUGCGAAAAAGUUUCAAAAUGUUCUCAAAGUAUGCGAAGGACUCAAUGGAUAGGUUUGGCGACGAUUUGUGUGAAGUAUUGUUGAGUUAUCUGUCAUUUGAGGACCGAUUCCGUAAUAAAAAACGCUAUACCAAUGAUCCCGAUUAUGAUCUUUCCUACAAACAAUACGGGCAAUUAAUGACAUCGUUGUUUUGUUCUCACCAAGCUCAGUUUAAACCUGGGCUUGUGGUUAACUUUUGGGGUGGUAUGGGUUGUGAAGCGAUAUGGCUUAUAUUUGCGUGA